UGCCGUUGAACAAGCAGAAGAAAAAGACACUAACAUGGCGGCUGUCAGUAGCGGUCGUGCGGAUCGUCUCGGUAACGCGAAUCAAAACAAAUCUUCCCUCACGUCCCCGGAGAAAAUCCGUGAGCUUCUCAGUGAGGGGGUCUCGCCAGCCAGCACGGCCCUCCACAGUGGACAAGGAGAUUCAAAAGACCAAGAAGUCAUUAGCACCACUCCAUCACCUUGUGAAGCAACUAACAAAGAGGCCUUUUUCAUUAGAGUACAAUCAUACUCCUGCUUGAAAUGGGCCGGGAAGCCCCAUGCGCUCUCACCCCUCAUGUGUGCCCGAUAUGGCUGGAUCAACAUCGCCCACGACACGCUCAAGUGUUCCAGCUGCCAAGCCUUCCUCUGCGCGUCACUACAACUCACGUUAGAUUUUGAUAAAUAUGAAUCCCGGGUAGCCGAGCUGUCCAGGCAACUUCAGACAAAACAUGAGAAGUUUUGCCCCUGGCCUGAUUUUCCUUGUCCAGAGCGGUUGUGGAUUGUGACAGCCGAGGAGCCUUCAGAACUUCUGACCGCUUUCAUCGAACGUUAUCAGAGCGCAUGUAGGCUCGGACAACAGCUUCCGUCGAUGAAACCCGAGCUGCUGAAAUCAAUGUCUUUGACUGAGGACGUUCUAAGUGCUAUCCUGCAGCUAGUGGAGGAGGAACAAAAAAAAAAGGGAACCACGUGCUCAGAACCUUUUGCAGUCCAGGUGGCUGCAUGCAUUGUUUCUCUCUGUGGCUGGGCUUCAAACCCGGGCGUGUAUAAUGCAACUCUGCCCAUUCUCUACUGCUCCUACUGUAUGCGCAAAGUGGGCAUGUGGAAUUUCCACCAAAUGGAGAGCGCGGGAGUUGACGCAGAUGUCGGGAUGGACCCUCCGAGCACCUCCGUGGUUCCCGCAGAAGGGGGCCAGGGGGAACAGUCAACUCCUCCUUCACCCACACCUCCUUCCACUCCGAGUCGCAUGAAGCUAAGAAGCCAGGACUCCUGCCGCUCUGACCAGGGUGAGGGCAUUCCCGUAGCUUUGCGAGCCCGAAGCCGAGACUCUCCGAGUCCUGUGGAAGAGUCGCCGAGUCCCUCGGUGAGGGGCAAGAGACCUGCCACUCGAAGCCGAGGGCAAGGUGAAAGCCUGUCCCUCCCUUCCAAACGCUUAUGCCUCUCAUUAGCUGACGAGGUCGUGCAGAAGAGUGCGUUCGAGCCGCUGGCUCAGCACAGAGACUGGUGUCCCUGGGUGGCUGUUGGAAAGGAGAAUGUGGAUCCACGGGCCACACCUCUUUCAGACGCUGUGCCAGCGCCUCAUCAGCAAGGCUGGAAGGCCGUCCUUGACCUCCUCAUGCCCGCAAAAAACACUAACACUGUGGGCAGCAGUACAGCACAGGACCCACCUGAUCGAUCCAAAAGGGUGUUUGCUAUAUUUCGUCAGUGGCAGAUAGCCACUCCAUCUCAGUAGAACACAUUGAUUAAAACAUCGAGCCAAUGGAAUGAAGAUGAGCAAUAGCAUCAUGUCAUUUCUUAACUGUGAGAGAAGACCGAGUCGUCUUUGAUAGGAGAUCAUUGUUUGAAUUUUGUACUCCAUUAUCUAUGUGGAAAACAGGAAAUCCCUGACGAUGAGAAGGAGCCAUAAUGGCUCAACACUGGAUAGGCAAUGUUUGCUUUCAAUGCUCGUUGAGACAGUGUUAGAAUAUCACCUCAAAUUCACAAAAAAUGUAUGUGCGCGAGUAGGAUUGUUUGUAACUCUUGAUCAUGUCAGGUGGUCAUCAACUGUGUGCCAUGAACAUUGCACAUGUUUGGACUUGGCAGCCUUGACUUGGUUUGUGACAUCUCAUUGCUCAUCUAGUUUUGUCUUUCAUGCAUGAUUGAUUAAUAAAAUGCUUAUUUGAAA